AUGCUUGUUAGCUUCUUUACCAUUAUACUCGGGAUCUCAGCCACCUUCGUUUCUUCGUCUUGGUCUCCGUCACACAGCUCUCAAACACCACUUCACCUAGCCGACCUACGAGGUUUCGAUAUCUCUGGACCUCAGACUGACCUGAACCCCAAUUUCUGGAGAUGUACAUUCAAUGCUGGGUACAGAAAGAUUGCAAUCAGGGCUUAUCAACAAGCCUGUGGACAAGGUGGUCGGGUCGACCCAAAUUUCGUGCCCGCAUAUAAAGCAGCGAUUGCAGCAGGCUUCAAUAAGGUUGAUGCAUAUCUGUUUCCAUGCGUCGGUCCACAACCGACAGGUAUAGAUUGCAAAAGCCCACGGCAGCAAGUCCAAGAACUUACCGAUACCAUCAAUAAGAAUAGCAUGAUCAUUGAUCGUCUUUGGCUUGACAUUGAACCUACCACUGGUGUGUGCAAUGCCUGGCAACUUGGCAACGCCAGAAAUCUUCAGGUCGCCCAAGAAUGGAUCCUUCAGAUCCGCGAGACCGCCAGAGACUGGGGUGUUUACGCUAACCGAAAUCAGUGGGAGGGUAUGUUUGGUUCUCUAGAAGCUGAUGUCGCAAGUGAUUUACCGCUUUGGGCGGUGCAGGCCGAUAAAGUGCCUGGUGUGCCCACAGUGACGAAGUUGUUUGGAGGAUGGAAGUCUGCUCAUGCAAAGCAGUAUUGGUUGGAUACAAAAACUCCAGAGUGUAAUGGUUCUGUUGAUCUUGACUCCUUCAUCGACUGA